GUUCGAUCCGUUGAGCCAGUCCCUUGCACUAUUUCUUUCCUCACACGGGCAAAGGAUUGAAAGCCAUCGCUAUCAUCCAUCCAUGUAGCCAAGCAUGAUGAUGGGGAUUGUGUGUUUCAAUGGUGCCAGUUGCUACGAUAUAAAGAGAUUGGCACAGGGUCAUCUGUGAGUUCAGGUUGAUUCAGGUUCGAGAUAGAUCAGACUCAAUCAACUACCAUCCUUGCGUCCGUUUCAUACACCGUCGCAACCAUGUCCGUCGCUUUCAGAUACCACCAACAGGCGCAGUCGACGUUCAAGCCUCCUCUUAUUGCCAAUGAGAAUGCCUUCCUAGGUGAUGUGGAUUCAUCGGACGACUACAACCCCGAGAAGCCCAUGUCGGCAGGCUUCUAUCGAUUGGAAAAGGGCACUCCGCUGACCUACGAGUACUCUUACGAUGAGAUGAAGAUCAUCCUCGAGGGGGAGUACGAAAUCUCCGACGAAACCGGGCAGAAGGUCACGGCUAAGCCCGGCGAUGUCUUCCACUUCCCCAAGGGUGCCAAGAUCACCUUCACCACUCCUUCCUAUGGAUUGGCUUUCUACACGGGACAACGGGCCAAGGGCGUCUUGUAAGAAACGCGACGAGAUCAAAGCAAAACAGCGAGGAUGGAGAAUGAUGUCAUGGGUGAUGCCUUGGCCAUCUUUGCUGAAAUAAAAGGCGGAAGGGCUGAAGGAUUUCAGCCUAGACCAAUUGAUAAUAAGAGCGACAGAAUUGUCGAGAUGGGUCACAUCUCGAUCCAUGGUUCAUCGGGGGGAGAGGGGGGGCAUUGACCCCAUCGUCCUUGUACCUUUCCAAGUUUGUUGACGGCCGUUGCCCAGAGAUCAAUCAAAAGGCCCAGGAAUGACGAGGAUGAGUUCAGGCAUCUGGAUUAGUUGGAAUGAAAAUAGCAGC